AAAAUCCAGCAGCUGUCUGAAGGCUCCAUGUUCGGCCACGGCCUGAAGCACCUUUUCCACAGCCGCCGGCGGUCGCGGGAGCGGGAGCACCAGAACUCCCAGGACUCGCUGCCGCACCACCACGGCGCGUCCGACCACGACUCCCCCGACGAGAAGGAGCGCUCCCCGGAGAUGCACCGCGUCUCCUACGCCAUGUCCCUGCACGACCUCCCCGCGCGCCCCACUGCCUUCAACCGGGUGCUGCAGCAGAUCCACCUGGGCCGCCGGGCCCCCCAGGACAGCAGCCUCACCGCCAUCCUGCACCAGCACCAGGGCCGGCCCAGGUCCUCCUCCACCACCGACACCGCCAUCCUCCUGGCCGAGAGCGGGGCCGUGUACCUGCUCACCGAGGACACCGAGGGUCUCGCUGAUAAGCUGGACAAGGGGGACGUGACCGCGCUGAGCCUGCCUUCCAACGCCGGCCACGGCGACGCCGACGGCAACAUCUGCCUGGACGUCCCGGAGGGCACCCCGGAUCCCCACCGGACCAAAGCUGCCAUUGAGCAUCUGCACCAGAAGAUCCUCAAGAUCACCGAGCAGAUCAAAAUUGAGCAGGAGGCUCGGGAUGACAACGUGGCCGAAUACUUGAAGCUGGCCAACAACGCGGACAAGCAGCAGGCCUCCCGCAUCAAGCAGGUUUUCGAGAAGAAGAACCAGAAGUCAGCGCAGACGAUUGCGCAGCUGCACAAAAAGCUCGAGCACUACCACAAAAAGCUAAAGGAGAUUGAGCAGAACGGGCCGUCCCGGCAGCCCAAGGAUGUCUUCCGCGAUAUGCACCAAGGCCUCAAGGACGUGGGUGCCAACGUCCGAUCUAGCAUCAGCGGCUUCGGAGGGGGCGUUGUGGAAGGUGUCAAAGGAGGGCUCUCGGGCUUGUCUCAGGCCACCCACACUGCUGUGGUCUCCAAGCCCCGGGAGUUUGCGAGCCUCAUCCGCAACAAGUUUGGCAGUGCAGACAACAUCGCCCACCUGAAGGACACGUUGGAUGAUGGGCACCCCGAGGAGGCAUCGCGGGCUCUGAGUGGCAGUGCCACCUUGGUCUCCAGCCCCAAGUACGGCAGUGAUGAUGAAUGCUCCAGUGCCACCUCAGGAUCGGCCGGCGGCAGCAACUCAGGGGCAGGGCCUGGUGGCUUGGGGAGCCCCAAGUCCAACACCCUGGACAGUCACCACAAUAACUUUGAUACCAUCCUAGAGGAGCUCCGGGAGAUCAAGGACAGCCAGUCGCACCUGGAGGACUCCAUGGAGGACCUCAAGGCCCAGCUGCAGAGGGAUUACACCUACAUGACGCAGUGCUUGCAGGAGGAGCGGUACAGGUACGAGCGCCUGGAAGAGCAGCUAAACGACCUCACAGAGCUGCACCAGAACGAAAUGACCAACCUGAAGCAGGAGCUGGCCAGCAUGGAGGAGAAGGUGGCCUACCAGUCCUACGAGAGGGCACGGGACAUCCAGGAGGCGGUGGAGUCCUGCCUGACGCGCGUCACCAAGCUGGAGCUCCAGCAGCAGCAGCAGCAGGUGGUGCAGCUGGAAGGGGUGGAGAACGCCAAUGCUCGGGCCCUCCUGGGCAAGUUCAUCAACGUCAUCCUGGCCCUCAUGGCCGUGCUGCUCGUCUUCGUCUCCACCAUCGCCAACUUCAUCACCCCCCUCAUGAAGACCCGCAUGCGCAUCCUCAGCACCGCCCUGCUUGUCCUCUUCCUCCUCUUCCUCUGGAAGCACUGGGACUCCAUCACCUAUUUUCUGGAGCAUGUGCUGCUGCCCAGCUGAUCCCCUGCCCCAGCGCUUCAGCCCAGGGGGCUUUCUGUUUCCUGCGGAGGAGAGGGUGGGAGGGGGGCUGGUGCGCUGGAGCCUUCGUUUAACUUCUUCAUGCACUUGGUUGAGUUGCUUUCCUGACCCUCCGCCUUCCCUGCACCCGUCUGCGAUCACGUCCGGCACCCGCAAGGUGGAGAUAGAGCCAGGAUCUGCCAGUCCUCUGGGAUGUUCGGGGAGAGCAGGAUGGAGACGGAGGAGGAGUUUCGGAGGGAAAUGGUAAUUUACAUGUCAUUGGGUUGUGCUAGGA